AUGGCUGAUUUUAAAUUAUUCAAACAAAGCCACUUAGUAUGUCUCCUGCUAGACUACUACCAGCCUAAUUUACUACACCGAGCUCCUAUUGGCAGUUCCCCAAAAGUGAGAAUUAUACUUGUGUCCUUGAUACAACAGUAUACCAAUGACGAAUUUAGCAUAUUCUCGAUGUCGGGACUGGCAAAGGAAACUGGGCCAUCCAUUGUUCGUGGUGUGGAUCUGUUUCCCCCUCCUGCUACCUGGGUGCCCCCGAAUUGUAUAUUUGAGGUGGAUGACCUCGUUCAAGAAUGGACGUGGGACAGGCAGUUUGACUUUGUUUAUUUGCGCCAUAUGCUCGGAUCUUUCGACAAUAAAGGAUGGGCUAAGUUGUACCAGCAGUGCUAUGACAAUCUUGAGCCUGGUGGCUGGAUUGAACAAAUGGAAUUCGACAUUCGAGUGAAGAGUGAUGACGAUACCCUACAAGAGGAUACCGUCCUCGCAAAAUGGGGCGAGACCUUCAUCGGCUGCUCCGAGCGAGCUGGCCGCCCUUUGACAGUUCAGGAAACGAUGCGAGCCAGUAUUGAGAAUGCCGGGUUUAUUGAUAUCCACGAACAGGUUUACAAAGUACCUAUUGGAGUUUGGCCAAGAGACAAGGUGCUCAAGGAGGUUGGCAAGCUCAACUACCACCACUGGAUGACUGGCAUGGAAGGCUAUGCAAUGUGGUUGCUCACUACAUUUGGGGCACCUUCUCCAUGGAGCCCGGAGGAGGUACAAGUGUAUCUGGCUGAAGUUCGGGCGCAGCUAAAGGAUCCCCACAUUCAUGGCUAUGAAUAUGCGUGA